AUGGGGGAUGUUGGGUGCCAGCUUGAGCAAAGUAAAUCUCUGUUCCAGCAGGCUCAGACUGCUUUGUUUGCUGAUCCUAGCAAUACUUCUUUGGUCUUGGCUGAAAGAGAAGCUUAUUUGGAGUAUAGAAGACAUGAGAAAGUUUAUGAGAGUUUUCUUAGACAAAAGAGUAAGAUUACUUGGCUUCGAUUUGGGGAUGACAAUACGUCUUAUUUUCACGCCAGUUUGAAGAAAAGGAAGCUGUCUAAUCGCAUAGUUUCUUAUAUCUCAGUUGAUGGGUCUGUUGUUGAUGAUUAUGAGCAGGUUACUCACCAUUUCCUUCAUCAUUUUCAGAGCUUCUUGGGUUGUUUGGGUAGAGCUAAUGGUCACAUUGAUAUGCAAAGUAUCUCUUAUGGCCCGGUUUUAGAUAUGGCUUCCCAACUGGACCUAAUUAAACCAUUCACUGUUCAUGAUGUUAAAUUGGCCCUCUCUAGCAUUCAUCCUAUUAAAAGUCUUGGUCCUGAUGGGUAUGGGGCUAGUUUUUUCAAGGUUAUGUGGAAAGAAAUAGGCAUGGAGGUUUCACUGGCUGUCCUUGAGUUUUUUGAGACAGGUUUUAUUCCUCAAAGCUUAAAUGGCACUCUUUUGGUGCUGAUUCCGAAGGUGGACCAGCCUGCUACUGCUGCUGAUUUUAGGCCAUUAGCUUGCUGCACUACCAUCUAUAAAUGCAUUUCUAAGAAGCUCUGCAGUAGGCUUGCUGCAAUCCUUCCUUCUUUGAUUAAUCCUAAUCAAGGUGCGUUUAUCAAGCAUAGAUCUCUUGCCUACAAUAUUCUAAUUUUUCAAGAUUUGAUAAAGGGAUACAAUAGGAAAAAUGGCUCUCCUAGGUGUGCUAUGAAGAUUGACCUUAGCAAAGCUUAUGAUUCAAUUGAUUGGGACUUCUUGGAGAAUUUACUAAAAGCUCUUUGCUUCCCUAGUAGAUUUAUCUGUUGGAUCAUGAUUUGCUUGAGAGGUACCUCCUACUCGUUACUGCUAAACGGUAGAGUCCAAGGGCAAUUUCAAGGGGGUAAAGGGCUUAGGCAAGGGGAUCCUAUUUCUCCUUUUCUCUUUGUCAUUGUGAUGGAUUACCUUACUCGACUGUUAAUCAACGCUUCCAAUGAUAAAGGUUUCAGAUUUCAUCCUAUGUGCAAAUCUCUCAAUCUGGUUAAUCUUUGCUUUGUGGAUGAUUUACUUAUUUUUUGCAAGGCUAAUCCGCAAUCUGUCCAGAUCUUGCAUCCAGCUCUUGCUGAGUUUACCAUGACUUCAGGCCUUUCUAUCAACCAUAGUAAAUCUCGUAUUUACUUUGGUGGGCUGUCCGAUGCUGCUAAGGAGUCUGUGUUGAGCUGUACCAAUAUGCAGGAGGGAUCAUUUUCAUUGAGGUAUCUUGGUGUGCCUCUUAGGCCUACAAAAUGUAAAGCAUCUGAUUUUGAAGUUAUUCUCAAGAAGAUUAGAUUGUGUCUUAAUUCCUGGGCCAGCCGAAACUUGUCUUAUACUGGUAUAACUCAGUUAAUUCAAUAUGUCUUAUUGGGAAUUAGAAAUUAUUGGAUGAAUAUUUUUCUAUUGCCUCAAUAUGUGGUUAGAGAUAUUGAUCGUUUGUGUAAGAAUUUCUUGUGGGGUGUGAAGGGAACCCGCAGCAAAUUUCACUUGGCUUCUUGGGAAUUUGUCUGUCGUCCUAAAGCUUAUGGAGGGCUUGGGUUUAGAGAAGGGCCUGCUUGGAACAAGACUAUGAAUGCAAAGUAUCUCUGGGCCAUUUCUUUUAAACAGGACCAAUUAUGGGUGAAAUGGGUGAAUACCAUCUACUUAAAAGGAGGGCCAAUCAGGGACUAUUCUUUGAAACAAGAUGAUAGCUGGUAUUCGAGGAAAUUGAUCAAGCUGAGUCAUUUAGUUUCUGGAACAGAUUUGGAAGCUGCUGUAGUGCAUGGUCAGCUCAGGUUGGGUAAACUGUAUACUCAUUUGGUUUCUGGUGUGAAGAAUGAGUAUGGGCGUACAGUUUGGUGCAAUUUUUCAGUGCUUAAGCACCGGUUUGUUCUAUGGCAAGCUGUUAAUAACCACUUACUCACUAGUGAUUUACUCCUUAGUUCUCAUGUGAAUAUCACUUUCUUGAGCUGCCCUGUUUGCUAUCAGAUGAAUGAAUCUCAUUCGCACCACUUUUUUGAAUGCAUUUUCUCUGAGAAGAUCAGACAGACUAUUGCUAACUGGUUGGGAGAUGCGAUUUGGCCUGGGAAUUUUACUGAUUGGCAUGUUUGGUUGGCUGGUUGUAAGCGUGAUUGGUUGGGCCAGGUGGUUUCUGCUGCUCUUGCAGCUGCUGUUUAUUUUAUCUGGUUUAAUAGAAACAGAUGUUAUUUUGAUAAUUACUGUUAUUCGGUUACCAAAAUUGAUCAAUGGAUCUGGUUUUCUAUCAAAACCAGAGUUCUUAAUUCCAAUACAAAGGAACUAACAAUCACUCCUUUUUUAGAAGAAGCCAACCCUUUUACUAUCCAGGGUUUCAGUAUUUAUAGGAGAUUGAUAUUUGAGUAG